AUGACUAUGAAAAAUCGUGGUUCUAAACAGAGCCAAACGUCUGAACGAAUUCCUUUACUAGCUACCCCAGAUACCGAUGGGCUCUAUUUUUAUAGUCAGCUUGACCCCUGGCAACAGGAUAAUCACUAUAUCCGAUCCGGAUAUGUGAAAGAAACAAACAGCUACGCUGGAAGCAUAAGGUCAUUGCUAUAUCUACACAACGAAAGUGUUAACAUAUACACACACUUGGUGCCUGCCUUCUUUGCGUUCAUCUUUUUCACAAUCUUCAUAGACAAUGUGGUAUUGCAGAAUGAAGACCAUUGGUGGGUGCGUCCCACAUUCAUGCUAUUCGGCGUAGGACUCUCAGUAUGUCUCUCACUGUCAGCGCUGUUCCAUUUAUUCAAGUCACACUCGCAUCUGGUAUGCAAGUUUGGCAAUCAAUGUGACUACUUUGGCAUUGUGGUGAUGAUCACCUGCUCGCUUAUUUCAGUGAUGUCGUUUAUUUUCUACGAGGAGCCCAAGUAUAAGAUCGGCUUCAUUAUUUUGUUUCUUAUCCUCGGAUCCAUCUGCACUGUGGUGACCUUUGAUUCGAAGUUCUCUACUCCACAUUACAGACCAUUCAGAUCGGCGAUGUUUAUUUUAUUUGGAUUGUCUGGUAUUCUUCCUGUUAUUGGGGCCGUUCAUCUUUACGGAUAUCAAAAUGCUGUACAGAGAUCUGGGGCUUACUGGCUUAUCGGCGAGGGCUUCUUCUAUAUAUUUGGAGCUUGUCUAUAUGCACUUAGAAUUCCUGAGAAAUGGGUCUACGAAGAAACGGACGGCGACUUCAAGAAGGGAAAAUUCGAUAUUUUCGGCAGCCUGCACCAGAUCUUCCAUGUGAUGGUCGUUAUCGCAGCAUACUGCCACUGGCGUGGGCUUUAUGACAGUUAUAUUGACUGGACUGUACGCACCAGUGUUGUCUUUUAA